AUCAAGCAGGCUCCACGGCCAGCCUUUUCAAUUGGAGUUUCAAAGCUUCUCCACCGGAGAGGUCUGACAGGAACACAAACACAAAGCAAAAGCUGGCAGGCUGACAAGCGGAAAGCUUAUCGGGACGGAUUAUCUGGUAACUGACCAUUUAGCUGUGGCACACUUGGACUCCGUGUGAAGUGGGAUUUCGACCAUGAGCUCCGUCGCCGUACUUACGCAGGAGAGCUUCAAUGAGCAUCGCAGCGGCCUCCUGCCAGAGCAGCUUGGAGCUAAGGACAUGCCACUCAGCUCUGAGGAUGAAGGGGCCCUCCCAACAUACAGAGACGCCUUUCCACCUCUACCUGAGAAAGCUGCCUCUCCUGAUGGCACCCAGGAACCUGCCAAUGCCUGGACUAAGAUUCGACCAAUUAAAUCAUCCAUGAUUACCCAGGUGUUCCAUGUUCCCCUGGAAGAGCGCAAAUACAAGGACAUGAACCAGUUUGGGGAAGGUGACCAGGCUAAGAUCUGUGUGGACAUCAUGUACAAGACUGGGGCCCAUCUGGAGCUUUCCAUGGCCAAGGACCAAGGUCUCUCCAUCAUGGUCUCUGGGAAGCUGGAUGAGGUCAUGAGGGCUAGGAAGGAGAUUGUUUCCCGACUCCAGACUCAGGCCUCUGCGACUGUGGCGAUCCCGAAAGAACAUCAUCGCUUUGUGAUUGGUAAGAACGGUGAGAAGCUGCAGGAACUGGAGCUGAAGACUGCCACAAAGAUCCAGAUCCCGCGGCCUGACGACACCAGCAACCAGAUCAAGAUCUCUGGCACCAAGGAGGGCAUUGAGAAGGCCAAGCAUGAGAUUCUCCUAAUCUCUGCUGAACAGGACAAGCGUGCAGUGGAGCGUGUCACUGUAGAGAAGGUCUACCAUCCCUUCAUUACUGGACCAUUCAACAAGGUUGUGAGUGAGAUGAUGCAGGAGACUGGAGCGAGAAUCAACAUUCCACCACCCAGCGUCAACAAGACUGAGAUAGUCAUCACCGGGGAGAAGGAGCAGGUUGCUCAGGCUGUGAUGCUCAUAAAGAAGAUCUAUGAGGAGAAGAAAAAGAACGUGACCACAAUUGCAGUGGAGGUGAAGAAGUCUCAGCACAAGUACGUGAUUGGACCCAAGGGGAACUCCCUGCAUGAGAUCCUGGAGAAGACGGGUGUCUCGGUCGAGAUCCCACCCACCGACAGCAGCUCUGAAACGGUCAUCUUGCGAGGAGAGCCGGACCGCCUUGGACAGGCUUUGACGGAGGUCUAUGCUAAGGCAAACAGCUACACUGUGGCCUCUGUCUCGGCUCCAUCCUGGCUGCACCGCUUCAUCAUUGGCAAGAAGGGGCAGAAUCUUGCCAAAAUCACACAGCAGAUGCCAAAGGUUCACAUUGAAUUCACAGAGGGCGAGGAUAAGAUCACCCUGGAGGGCCCAACCAAGGACAUGCAGCAAGUCCAGAGUCAGAUGGAAGCAAUCGUGGUUGACCUGGUGAGCCGCAUGGACUACACUGAAAUCACUGUGGAUCCAAAGUUCCAUCGUCACCUUAUUGGGAAGAGCGGAGCUAACAUCAACCGGAUCAAGGAUCAGUACAAGGUGUCUGUUCGUAUUCCUCCGGACAAUGAGAAGAGCAACCUGAUCCGGAUCGAGGGCGACCCCCAAGGUGUGAUCGAGGCCAAGAAGGAGCUGCUGGAGCUGGCAUCCCGCAUGGAGAACGAGCGUACAAAGGACAUGAUUAUUGAACACCGUUUGCAUCGAACCAUCAUCGGCCAGAAGGGAGAGAAAAUCAAGGAAGUCCGUGAUAAAUUCCCCGAGGUCAUCAUCAAUUUCCCUGACCCUACACAAAAAAGUGACAUUGUCCAAUUCAGGGGACCCAGAACUGAAGUGGAGAAAUGUACCAAAUUCAUGCAGAAGAUGGUGGCUGAAAUGAUGGAGAACAGCUUCUCUAUUUCGGUUCCAAUUUUCAAACAGUUCCACAAGAACAUCAUUGGGAAAGGAGGAGCCAACAUUAAAAAGAUUCGUGAAGAGACCAACACUAAGAUUGACCUUCCAGCUGAGAACAGCAACUCUGAAGUAAUUGUUAUCACUGGGAAGAAGGCAAACUGUGAGGCUGCGCGAAGCCGCAUCUUGGCCAUUCAGAAAGAAUUGGCAAACAUCAUUGAGAUGGAGGUCUCCAUCCCCUCCAAGCUGCACAACUCCCUGAUUGGCUCCAAAGGGCGCUUUGUGCGUUCUAUCAUGGAGGAGUGUGGUGGCGUCCACAUCCAUUUCCCUACAGAGGGCUCUGGCAUUGACACAGUGACUAUCCGGGGGCCAGCGGAGGAUGUAGACAAGGCCAAGCAGCAGCUGCUGUCCUUGGCUGAGGAGAAGCAAACGAGGAGUCACACUGUGGAGUUGCAUGCCAAGCCAGAGUACCACAAGUUCCUGAUUGGGAAGGGAGGUGCAAACAUCCGCAAGGUGCGCGACAACACAGGCGCCCGCAUCAUCUUCCCCACAGCUGAGGACAAGGACCAGGAGCUCAUCACUGUGGUGGGGACGGAGGACGCUGUCCGGGAUGCACAAAAGGAGCUGGAGGGCCUCAUCAAGAGCUUGGAGAACAUAGUGGAGGAUUUUAUGAUCGUGGACUCGAAGCAUCACCGGUACUUUGUCUCUCGACGCGGGCAGGUUUUGAGAGAGAUUGCUGAGGAGUUCGGAGGUGUGAUGGUCAGCUUUCCACGUACUGGCACCCAAAGCGACAAGGUCACCCUGAAGGGCGCUAAGGACUGUGUGGAGGCAGCCAAGAAACGCAUGGCUGAGAUUAUCGAGGAUCUGGAUGCGCAGGUGACCAUAGAGUGUGUGAUUCCUCAGAAGUUCCAUCGCUCCAUCAUGGGCCCGAAAGGCUCCCGCAUACAGCAGAUCACUCGUGACCACAAUGUGCAGAUCAAGUUCCCAGAGCGUGAGGACCCCCAAGCUACUCCAGUCUCUCCAGAGCCAGCAGUGCAUGAAAAUGGAGAGGUCAAUGGGGAAUCCAAAGACUUGGCAGACCCAGCAGCUCCCAAAAAGUGUGAUGUCAUAGUCCUCUCUGGGCGCAAGGACAGGUGUGAGGCAGCUGUGGAAGCGCUCAAGGCUCUGGUUCCUGUCUCCAUCACAGUGGAUGUGUCCUAUGACCUUCACCGCUACAUCAUCGGCCAGAAAGGGAGUGGAAUCCGCAAGAUGAUGGAUGAUUAUGAAGUAAAUAUCCAAGUGCCUGCCCCUGAGCUGCAGUCAGACACCAUCUCCAUAACAGGGCUGGCUUCUAACCUGGACCGUGCCAAAGCAGGCCUCCUGGAGCGGGUCAAGGAGCUGCAGGCUGAUCAAGAGGAUCGGGCUCUGAGAAGUUUCAAACUGACCAUCUCUGUGGACCCCAAGUAUCACCCCAAGAUCAUUGGGAGAAAGGGGGCAGUCAUCACCCAAAUCCGCACAGAGCACGAUGUUAACAUCCAGUUCCCAGACAAGAAUGAUGACAACCAGGACCAGAUCACCAUCACAGGGUACGAACGCAACGCAGAGGCUGCUCGAGACGGCAUCAUGCAGAUCGUGGGAGAGCUGGAGGAGAUGGUCUCCGAGGACAUCACCCUGGACCACCGCAUUCACGCCCGGGUUAUCGGAGGCCGUGGCAAAGGCAUCCGCAAGAUCAUGGAUGAGUUCAAGGUGGACCUGAAGUUCCCCCAAAGUGGAGCGGCCGACCCCAACUGUGUGACUGUCACCGGGCGCCCCGAAAACGUGGACGAGGCCAUUGACCACCUGCUCAACCUGGAGGAAGAAUAUAUGGGAGAUGUGGGUGACAGCGAGUCUAUGCAGACAUACAUGAAGCCCCUAGGUGGAGCUUCUGCUGCUGAUGAGCCCAGGGGUCCAUCCAAAGGGUUUGUGGUGAGGGAUGCUCCAUGGACCGCUGGACCCAGCGACCAGGCCCCAGACAUGAGCAGUUCGGAGGAGUUCCCCAGCUUUGGCACUCCUGUUGCUCCCAAGUCCUCUCCCUGGGGACCCAAACGUUUCUGACCUGGAAGUGAAAGCUCGCCGUCCCCGCCUCCCCCGCCCCCUUUCCCAAACUGCUGACCUCCUGGACACUGCCCCUGCCCCUGAACUGUGGGCAGCGCUUCUGAAGAGACUGGGCAACUAGGCCAUAAACCCCCUCAUAAAUGGACUGCCUUACCUCUUGAUCAGAAGCCCAAAGUAGAAUUUUUUUUUUUUUUUUAAUUUGGUUAACUUGUCUUAACCAGGAUCUGUUAACUGGCAACCCCUUGCUAUAUCCAUUCUUACCCUGUUUCUAUUUGUUUGAGUUAAGAGGUGUGGCUGUUUUUUUUUAUUUUUAUUUUAUUUAAACCAUCUUUACACUGCAUUGAGUCGUCUUCGAGCUACACUGGAUAAUGCAUAGACCUACUCAUUCCAUUGAAAUGUCAUGUGACAAUAUGUCCUGUGUAGCUACUAGUUGUCAUCCUGGUAAAGCAGAUUUUUAAAGAGAAAUGAUCCCUAUUGGAUAAACAGAACCUUCUGAAUGAUUUGCAGCAGCCUAGAUUAUGAUAAAUAUUCAAAAGCAGCUCAAAGCUACUUCAUUUUUAAUGACCCACAGAAGAUCUGGCUAUUGCUAGCAACCUGGUUUUAAAUUUGCCCCGCUAAAGGUUCAUGAGUCAAGGCAGAGACUUGCCUAGUUUUUAGAAUAGGGAUCAAAUUCUGCAGCUGCUUUGCUAAGUGGAAUGGUGCCAUUUAAGAGAUUUAGUGAAGUAAAUUCAUGAAACUCUACAUGUGCUUCUUCAUAUUUGAUGAUCACCUGAGUUUACCCCUCCCGCCCCCACUAAAGGUGAAGUAUAAAAAGGUUUCUACUGCAAAUGAGGUUUAACCAGUUCUUUUCUGAUUUUUAGUGUUUUAAAAUUCUCUGGCAUCCAGUAAAUCCAUUCCAUACCACAUGGAAGGGAACAAAGCUGCUACCUAAUGUGCUGUGUUUUAUAUUUAGAACAAACUGAACCAAAAAAAUUCUAGAACCAUACUUCACUAUUUAGCUGCCAGGAACAGUUUGCCCUUUUUUGGGGUGGUCCUAGCCUUUUAAGGCAUCUUUGGGACAGUGACCAUAAUAGAAGAGAGAAACUGUCAAUCAUAAUAAAGGGUUAAAACACUACUUGUUUUCCUGUACAAAAUGGUCUUUGUUUUUGUUUUAAUGUUUAAAAAUCAUACUUGCUCUUCCUGGGUUAUAUUCCAGUAUUGAACUGGGAAGUUCAGUCUAGUUUUGUCUUGGCCAGCGGGUCGGCGUCCAGUCACUAUCUUGUCUUCCAGUUGCCAAACAAAGUAAUCUGUUCCCAUGGCAACAACCCUUUUUCUUUUUUUUUUUAUUGGCUUUGAUUUCAGAAAUGAAUAUUAUGCAAAAAAAAAAACAAAAGCGCAAAACAUAUGGAUAACACUGGAAUUGAAAUGUCCAAAAAUAAAGCAAAAAUGUAAAGUA